AGAACUGACUGAGAGUCAGAACGUAGAUCAGCUAUGGAUGAAAAACAGCUCAGAGAAUGUGUUAAGAAAUUCAGGCUAAAAGACUGUAAGCAGGGGGACCAGGGCUACAAGAGGGUUCUCCUACAGCUCUUUGGAUACACAGGACAUGGCAAGUCUGCCUUUAUCAACUCCUGUAUGUUUGCUAUUAAUGGAGGAAAGUAUGAGAUACAUGCUAAGGCAGAAGCAAACGAUGGCUGUGUCACAAUGGAGAGGACAGCGUAUCAGCUGACCCCCACACUCACCAUUGUGGACAACAAAGGCUGUACAAAACUGGACCACAUGGAGAUGCUGGAGAUCUAUGCUCAGCUGGGUAAAUUCGUUCCCAUUAAUGAGAAGGUUGAAAGGAAAGAGAACUUCAGUGAUUACACUUCCAGACUGGAAGAAGCUGAAUUGCACCCAAAUUACACAGAUAUUGUAGUUCCAAUAUUUGUUUACAGUGCACGGAAGGGGCUACUGGAUCAGGAGAAACACGACUUAAAAUCGUUCCUUCAAACCUGCAAAGAAAUAACAGGCUUUGUGCCCACUAUUGUCCUCACCUUCACAAGAGAGUUUGACGUGGAAACAAUAACGCGAUGGAAACAAACGUUUGAGAUUAUGGGAGCAGAGUCAGUGAUGGAGGUGGAGAACUACACUGAAAAGGAUCCCAUUCAGGAGAGACAUUCAAGUUUCCUAAAUAUUAUCAACUAUGCUUUGGAAAAUGUCCAAUUCUGUAUGGACAGACCCAAGGAACCAAAGCUGGAACGGAUAAAGAACAAGAAAACUCUUCUCAAAUUAGCAAAUAAAUAUUAUACAAAAAUAUAGGAUAAAGCUACUCAAAAAAGAGAUUGAGAAUACUGAACAAGAUAUGAUUAUAAUACAUGACAGUAGAAUCUUACCACUGUCAAACCAGCUAAUUGUCUUUACUAGUGACGGGCGAAUUUGCAACGCUUCGCCGAAAAAUUCACGAAACGGCGCUGGCAUCUCGUUUUUGGCACAUUUGCGACUUUUUUUUGCCAUCAAUUUUCACGGGCCGCUCCGCAAAUUUAUUUACGCGAUUCGCCGCAAAUUAGCGCCUGCCUGGCAAAUAAAUUCGCCCAUCACUAGUCUUUACUAAAUCAGCCUUAUCUAAUUCAUGCCCUGCAGUAAGUUUGUUCUAUGGCAUAGAGUUUAUGGGGGGGAAAGGCACAUUUGUUAAAAUAAAACAUUUGAUUAAAUUGAUUGGGACACGGCAUAAAGAGCAGAUCUGAAAGUGCUGAGUUAUGGAAAUGGGGGAAAAAAGUAUAUUUCAUUUACUGCCCGUGCUUUCACAUUUAUCAUUGUCUUUCCCGAAAGACAGAGAAACGAUGUGGAUUUUGUUGUAACAGAGCAAAGUGCCGACACCUUGUAUCCAUCAGCAACCAAUAAUGGGCUAGUACUAUAAAAACAAACAUUAGAAAAAUAUCUGGUUGACUUCUAGAUCUAAAUGGCUUCUAUAAAUCUAAUUGACUUCUACAGAACCUGGCCAAUGUUAACGCUGUUAUUGUAGAGCCCAGCAUUACCCAAUACAAGCACAGGAAACAGGAAGAGUCAGGGCUAAAUAUAUGAAUUACAAAUAGUUAUAUCUAGCCAUGUUCAUCCUCGGAAUGGAGUGGAACGAGCUGAGUUUACCCCAUGAAUUCAGCAGUGUUGGUAUUUGCCAUUACUGUAUUCAUGAGGGGAGGUAGAAUGUAGGUACCCUUACCCAUCCUUUAACUUUCACAUCAUCCAGACACACACGUUAGGGAGAACUAGCAGGUGCAGGGCUCAAAGGGUUCUGUAUAGUGAUGAGCGAAUUCAUUCGCCAGGGGCGAAUUUGCUCGUUUUGCCGCCAGUGAAUAAAUUUGCGAAAUUGCCACUAAAAUUCGCUGGCAAAAAUUCUUGACGAUUUCAACGCCGAUGGGUGAAUUCAUUCGCCAGGGGCGAAUAUGCUCGUUUUGCCGCCAGUGAAUAAAUUUGCGAAUUUGCCACGAAAAUUCGCUGGCAAAAAUUCUUGACGAUUUCAACGCCGGCAUCAACGUUUUUCCGACACAGGCAGCAUUUCCAAUGCCGGUGCCAACUUAGAUGCCGGCGAUGAGAAAUGGACGCCCAUUGACUUUUUUUGGAAAAUCGAAAUGGGACAAAUUCGCCCAUCACUAGUUCUGUACUCAUCACCUGCCCUAUGGCUGCCUUAUCCUUUAUCCCUUAGCUCUCAUAUGCUCUUAUUUAAUAUAAGCUCUGUGACUAUUCCACUGAUUUCUAGAGGUAUUAAAAGUUGAAUUAAGGAUUUGCCGGGUUGCAGAUAAAUGGCAAUAUGGGAAUUUAUUCCAGCACAUAUUUACAGUUGAAACUCUUUUUCUAAGACACAGAAAGUUCAGAGGGAACUAUACAGUAAGUACAUGCUCAGGAUUGGUAUGAGAAAGAGCAGAAUCCUGGGACUUCAUAUUGGCACAACUAGACAGCUAAGAAUGAUCUUAAAUACAAAAUCCAGAUAGUGUACAUUAUUAAUAGCUCUUCAUAAAUAUCUCAAAUAUCAUGUUCGUACAUGUUACAUCAAAAACAAAAUUCUUGCCUAAAGGCACAGGUAUAGGAUCUAUUAUCCAGAAACACAUUAUCCAGAAAGCUCCAAAUUACAGAAAGGCCAUCUCCCAU